AUGGCCCACAAAGAAACUUGUGAAGAGAUUUCAACUGAGUUUGGGUUUUCCCUUUUUCCCACCGUAGUGGCACUCACCGCAACAGAACUCAAAUGGCCCACAAAGAAACUCGUGAAGAGAUUUCAACUAAGUUUGGCGAUUCACUUUUCCCACCGUCGUGGCAAUCACAGCGACGUAACUCAAAUGGCCCACAAAGAAACUCGUGAAGAGAUUUCAACUAAUGGCAAUCACCGCAACAGAACUCAAAUAGCCCACAAAGAAACUCGUGAAGAGAUUUCAAAUACUUUUGGCGUUUCCCUUUUUCCCAGCGUAGUGGCAAUGACCGCAACAGAACUCAAAUGGCUCACAAAGAGACUCGUGAAUAGAUUUCAACAAGGUUGGCGUUUCCCCUUUCUCACCGUAGUGGAACUCAUCGCAACAGAACUCAAAUGGCCCAUAAAGAAAUUCGGGAACAGAUUUCAACUAAGUUCGGCGUUUCCCUUUUUCCUACCGUAUUGGCAAUCGCCGAAACAGAAAUCAAAUAGCCGACAAAGAAACUCAAUUCAAUUGGCCCAGAAAGAAACUCGUGAAGAGAUUUCAACUACGUUUGGCGUUUUUCUUUUUUCCCACCGUAGUGGCAAUCACCGCAACAGAACUCAAAUGGCCCACAAAGUAACUCGUGAAGAGAUUUCAACUAAUGGAACUCACCGAACAGUGGACAUUUCAACUAACGUUUUUUCCCACCGUAGUGGAACUCAUUGCAACAGAACUCAAAUGGCCCAUAACGAAACUCGUGAAGUGAUUUCAACUAAGUUUGGCGUUUCCCUUUUUCCCACCGUAGUGGCAAUCACCGCAACAGAGCUGAAAUGGCCCACAAAGAAACACGGGAAUAUUUUUCAACAAAGUUUGGCGUUUCCUUUUUCCCACCGUAGUGGUGCAACUCAAAUAGGCGUCAAAGAAGCUCGUGAAGAACAAAAGUUUGGCGCUUUUCUUUUUUCACCUGGCACUCACCGCAACGGAACUCAAAUCGCCGUCAAAGAGGCUCGUGAAGAUAUUUCAACUAAGUUUGGUGUUUCCCUUUUUCCCACCGUUGUGGAACUCACCGCAACAGAACCCAAAUGGCCCGCAAAUGGAACUCACUGCAACAGAACUCAAAUGGCCCACAAAGAAACUCGUGAAGAGAUUUCAGCUAAUUUUGGCCUUUUCCCUUUUUCCCACCGUAGUGGAACUCACUGCAACAGAACUCAAAUCGCCCACAAAGAAACUCGUGAAGAGAUUUCAACUCAGUUUGGCGUUUCCCUUUUUCCCACCGUAGUGGCAAUCACCGCAUCGGAACUCAAAUAG